AUGAUCCGUUCAAAACUAGGAGACCCCAUCACCAGCCUCGAGGACAGUCUCGUGGUAGAAAUUCUAAUUCGCCUCCCGAACCCUAGAUACUCGUGCCGUUGCAAAUCCGUGUGCAAGCGGUGGAACUCUCUGAUAUCCGACGCCUACUUCAACCGCCGUUUCGUUUCACACCACCAGAGCAGGUACCAACCUCUGCUUCUCAGCAAUCACGACACGCAAGCAAUCAUUCACAGCUUUCCCGCCCCGCCCCUGCUUACCGAUGAAGACAAGCAGGGGUCUUUCAUAGUUUGGGACUGCUUCAAGGACUUGGUCUUGUGUGGGUUCACGGAUCCAGGUGGUAAAAAUCUCGAAUGGGGCAGAUCGUACAUUAUCUGCAAUCCCUUCACCAGGCAAUGGGUCGCGCUCCCUUUAGCACCUGAAAGGACAUUGGAAUACGUUGCGCCGUGUGCAAGGUUAGUCGCUGAAGCCCGCACUUGCUCUGCUACUGUGAAUCUCGACCUAGGAAAUGGCCAAUCAUUUGCUUUUUCUUCCGAGUAUCGUUUCCGGGUGCUCUGUAUGUAUACCCAGGGCAUUGCUUUGAGAUUGGACUCGUUUUGUUCCGAGUCUGGAAAAUGGACCAAGGACGCCCGUGUUAUUCAUCGUGGUUUUGGAAUCCUGGAUUCGAGAAUAACUUCGCACAAUGGGGAGUUUCUUGCCUCAUAUCUUCAUUAUGAUCGCGCUAGGGGCAGACCCAGAUUUAUCCUUGCUGCGCUUCAUCCUUUCCGCCUUGAUCUCCCUCCCACUAUUUAUACGCAUGCUUCAGACAUUGUGGAGCCACUAGGAGAUGAUUGGAAAUUUGCCAUCUCACAGGGUGCUUUGCACUUGGUUACAAUUGAGCGGGCGCCUGGCCAAUUAGCGGUAUGGAGGCUGGAAGAAGAUGGCAAGUCUUGGAGGAAACAAUACCAAUGGUCGGUGAAUUCAGCAGCAAGAAGGGGUAACUAUAGACUUGAGUGUUUUUUUCUAGGUGACCUGCAUCCGGAGAAGCCGGAAAUUGUCUUCUUGGAAUAUGUCGACCCCCUUAACGAGCGGUAUGGUAUCUACUCCUGUGAUUUGACGACGAGUGUGGAAGAGAUGGCGUUCUUCGCUCAAGUGAGACGAGGUAUACCUUCUUGGAAGGUGAUGCAGGCCAGUGUCUCUUGUUGGCCUACUCCAAUUCCAAGGUACGAGGAUUUGCGAGGCAAGUACGAUGGAAGCUACAACCGUUGGGUUCAAAGCAUCGAAGCAACGACUCCCUCCAUUUCUGGUAAUUACGUGUGCUCUUGA